UGAACGUAAUACUACGGUUAUUCGGAGAUAAACUAGCUUAUCAUGGCUCGUACUAAGCAAACUGCUCGUAAGUCGACUGGUGGAAAGGCUCCACGUAAACAACUGGCUACCAAGGCCGCCCGUAAGAGCGCGCCAGCCACUGGUGGUGUCAAGAAGCCACAUCGUUACCGUCCUGGAACAGUCGCUCUUCGUGAGAUCCGUCGUUACCAGAAGAGUACUGAGCUCCUCAUCCGUAAAUUACCAUUUCAACGUUUGGUGCGUGAAAUCGCUCAGGACUUCAAGACCGACCUGAGAUUCCAAAGCUCAGCCGUGAUGGCCCUCCAGGAAGCCAGCGAAGCCUACCUCGUUGGUCUUUUUGAAGACACCAACCUCUGUGCCAUCCACGCCAAGCGUGUUACCAUCAUGCCCAAGGACAUCCAAUUAGCCCGUCGUAUUCGAGGAGAACGUGCUUAAGUUAUUACAACAUCAAAACUUAAUAAACCAAACGGCC